AUGAAUACCAGUAACGCGACAGCACACGCUGAGAGUACUCCAGUGCAGCCUCACUGGACGCCGCUCCUUACCGGCCAAGCCGUUGUUCUGGGUUUCUCGCUUCUCUCCAACAUCAUCGUUCUUAUUGAAUUCAUCCGCAUACCCUCGAGAAUUACGCCAUUUACUGUCUAUCUCAUCAUACUACUCAUCAUCAACUUGUUCUUUCUCAGCGUGGUCCCGUUAACGGAACUGAUGAAUCAGCUGUACGGCGGUUGGUGGAUGGGUCGUGCCGUGUGCAAUAUUCACAACUACACCAGCGCCAUCGGAUCCGCGUCGCAGAUUUGCAUCCAUAUCUGCAUCUCCAUCAGCCGACUGUGGGCGGUGCAUUACCCGAUGGCUUAUAGAAUUAAUCAUACUAGAAAGGUGGCACUGCUCAUGUGCUUAUCCGCGGUGGUGGUGGUGCACGUGAUUGAGCUCCGGGAUGCCUCAUGGACAUUCUGUAUUACGCUAUUGAAGUGA